AUUUGGUUUACAAACUAAAUUUAAAUUUAUCACGUGACUCCAAACAUGGCGGACACGCCAGUGGGAAAUAAAAAUUCCCACAUUUCAUGUCUAUUUCCCGAGAUUCUGACGAUAAUCUUCAGUCAUUUAGAUGUAAGAGACAAAGGGCGAGCUGCCCAAGUUUGUACGGCGUGGAAAGAUGCAGCUUACAACCGGCAAGUAUGGCGAAACGUUGAGGCAAAACUUCACUUGAAACGUGCGAAACCUUCUUUGUUUCCAAGUCUUGUAAAACGUGGUAUACGGAAAGUUCAAGUUCUGAGCUUACGCCGAACCCUCCGCGAUGUGGUGUGUGGCAUUAGUAAUAUUGAAAGCUUAAAUCUGAGUGGAUGCUUCAACAUUAAUGAUGGUGCCCUGUCGCAUGCAUUUACACAAGAAAUGCCUUCAUUAACAGUGUUAAACUUAAGUCUGUGCAAACAGAUAACUGACAGAAGUUUGGAAAGAAUUGCUCAAUACUUGCAAAACUUGGAAGUUCUCGAACUUGGAGGAUGUACAAGUGUUACAAACACUGGUCUCCUGUUGAUCUCUUGGGGACUGAAAAAGUUGAAAGUUUUAAAUCUGAGAAGUUGCAGACACGUAUCUGACCAUGGCAUUAGUCACCUGUGCGGGUUAAGUCCACAUGCAGCACCAGGAACUCUAGAGCUUGAACAUCUUGGGUUACAGGAUUGUCAAAAACUAACUGAUCUAUCGCUGAAACAUGUAAGCAGUGGACUUGUUAAUCUUAAAAGUAUGAAUUUAAGCUUUUGUGGAAAUGUGACGGAUUCGGGUAUAAAAUUCCUUUCUAAAAUGCAAAGUCUAAGAGACCUUAAUCUAAGAAGCUGUGACAAUGUGACAGAUGCAGGACUUGGAUUUUUAUCUGAAGGUGGUUCAAGGCUUGAAGUUCUUGAUGUGAGUUUUUGUGAUAACGUGGAAGAUCGAGGGCUACAGUUGCUGUCUCAAGGGUUGUACAGUCUAAGAAGCCUGUCAUUGAGUGCUUGUAAUGUAAGUGAUGAUGGAAUUGAGAAACUUGUGAACGCCUUGCAAGAAAUAACAAUGUUGAACAUUGGACAGUGUGACAGAAUCACAGACAAGGGUCUAAGUGCUAUUGGAAUGAAAUUGAAAAAUCUUAAAAGCAUUGAUCUGUACGGAUGUACAAGAAUUACAACUGUUGGUCUUGAAAAGAUCAUGCAGCUGCCAUGUCUAACAGCCUUGAAUCUUGGUCUCUGGCAUAAGAGAGAUUAACAUACGAUGUAAUAAAUGAUCUUAAGCUUGUUGACAGUUGAGGAAAGGACAGAAAACUAUACAAAUUUUAUACAUUGUGUUAUAAAAAUUUAUUAAAAUAUUCUAACAUGUCGAAGAGAAAGACCAAUGAAAUUAUUGGUGUUGUUUUUGUUUGGCUCAAUGUCAAACUGCUUCAGAAGUUUGUAUGUAGGUUCAUUCAAAACAUUAUAAAUGAACUCCAAACAAAAAUAAGCGGAAAAGUCACAUGAAAUUAUUUUGUAAAACUGUUUUAAAAUAUUGCAUAUCUGACUAAACUUUAAAUGGUUGUACUCUUUAGAUUUUUAUAUUUAUAUUUUACAUGUGUGUAAGCUAAGAUAUUAACUGUAUAAGAUUUUCAGCCAUUAGACAUUGUGUAGUCUUUCAAACACUAUUUAUAUUGGGUUUAAAAAGGUUUAAUUUGCUCUAUGAACUUGUCAACUAGUUUUUUUUGUGUUUUUUUUUAAUUGGCCAGUGUUUAUAAAGGUCUUUUGAAUAAUUAAUUUUUACAUUUCUAAAAUGCUAGAUCUAUGCAUGUACAAACUACAACAUUGAUCUGAUGUGUUUAUUUAGCGGGGAAAAUGAUCCCAGAUUUUAACUUUCAUAGAUCUGUCCCUUCACUGAUGGGUAUUUAAUUUUGAUUUUUUGUGUGCUAUUUUUUCUAAAAUAGUGGGGUUAAUAGAAUAUUUUCAAACCUCAAGAUAGGGGCAUUUAGCUGGGAUUUUACAAUGUGACUGUCCCCACAAGAUUGAAGUUAGGGCUUGCCCUGGGGUUUGAUCAUCAAGAAGCCAUGAUCAUUCAAUUUACAGAUAACAAGAUUAUAAUUUACAGGUGCAGUAAUUCUCUUCUUCCACAAUAUUUCCUUAUCAUAUCAAGAUGUUUUCAUAUUGCUCUCAUGUUAAGGUGCUAUUUGAAAAACCCCAUUGUCAUUGUUAUAUCAUAAUCAUAUCAUAAUUCAAAGUUUAACUAAGAUUACCAGUAUGUUCAGAAAGAUACUUGCCAAUUUUUAUAUACAUGUGACAAGGAAUUUUCUGUAAGUCAUAGUGUGUAAGUAAAUAAAACUAAAUUAUUGUAGAUAAUUUUAUUCAUGUUUAAAUAUAGCAAUGCUUCCAAGGUUCAUUGAUAUGUAAAAAAGACAUAUUCAUAAUUCAGUGCAGAUUUAAGUUAUCACAUUUCAUUAUGACAGUAUCUUUAUAUAAUUAUUUAUAUCAAAAUGUAAGUAAAGUAGCAUCAAUUUGAUAAAAUUUUAUAUUUUCUAGAACUUUUAUAUAAAAGCAAAUUGACAAUGUAUAAUAUAAUUACAGUAAGAUCACAUUAUAACAGCAAAGAUAUAGUUAUGUGUAGAUCUCAGAGUUUUUUUUUCCAGAAGAAAGUGCUAUAUUUAAAAAUCACUUAUAAGUUAUAAUUUAAUUAUAUGUAUAUAAUUCAGUAUGUGCACAUGUGUGUUUUGUUUAUUAUUAAAGUCCAAACUAGGCUGCCAUUUGAGAAUUUUGUUCAUUAUUAAAGUCCAAACUCGUCUGCCAUUUAAGAAUUUGUUCAUUAAUAUUAAAGUCCAAACUCGGCUGCCAUUUAAGAAUUUGUUCAUUAUUAAAGUUCAAUCUUGGCUGCCAUUUAAAAAAAAUUUUGUUGAUGCAGAAUGAAUAUUGUAAAUAUAUAAGUAUGUAUGAGAAAUUAUUUAAUAAUAUAUAAUGCAUACAUUCUAUUACAUUGUACUUGCUGUUGACCUAAUCUACACGUCGGGUAUAGUUAACCCAACCUACUUUGACAAUUUUUAUUGAAGUAUCUUAGAAAAAUGAAUACAAUGUAACAUCAUUCUUAUCAAAAAAUAAUUAAGUCAAUUAAAAUUUAUUCAUUGAUACAUGUAUGUAAAAAAAAAAUUAUUACUAGCAUAUAUAUACAUAUCAAAUUUUCAAUUGUUAUAUAAAUGGAGGCCACAGUGUUUGUUUCUGGCCUUCCUACACAAAUGUAUAAAUUGUCAACCCUAACUGUUUUUGUGAUUGGGUAUUUCAAGCAGCUUAGCUUUAUGUAGGCUAAAUUUUAAGAGUAUAAGGUGUGGGGGAUGUGUUGAAACUUUGAUCACUUUAUUAAAUAAAGUCAUAAUCCAAGGCCCGUAACUCUAGCAUUGAUAUAACAGAGUUAUUCCCCCUUUUUUAAACUUUUUAAAUAUAAACAUCAUCCAGACACUUGUUUUACUAUCAAGCACUGAGAAUUGAACAUGCUGUACUUCAGACAGAUCUUGUCUGAAAUUAAUUUCAUUUUGCAUUUUUGUUUUUAAACUUUCAUGGAAAAAAAGUUGAUGAAGCCUACAUGGCCAAUGAGAAGCUAGAGAAGUUAACAGGAUCAGCAGAAAUAGUCAUUAGUUGAUUGAAAAUAUUAAUGUUAUUUGAUCUGAAUAGACAAGAUACAAGAAACUUUAAUUUAAGUCGGGUUUACAACCAACAUAUUUUGUCAUUUUGGUGAAAUAAAGAAAUUGUGAGUCUUUAAUGACCAGUAAUGACUGGUUAAAAUGGGGAAAAAAAUGCUGAUUGGUAGCAGGAGAAAUUAGUGUGACAUGUUUUGUCCCAGAUUGUUACAUGUUGUGUGGUGUUGUUAAGCAAAAUAUCUUUUAUUUACCCUUUAUUUCUUCAGUGUCUAUUUAAAAUUGUCAAUCAAAAUUACAAGUGUAUAUUAUAUAAUAAAUUAUAAUAACACCUACAGUGUAUAUAGAAACAGGUGAAUUUUCUGUUAUCUUGUUAAGGUCUACAUAUUUUGCAUGCAGUAUUUAGAUAAAAAAAAUCAUAUUAUAAAAUAUUGAAAUUUUUGAUGCAAGAAAUGAUAUUUUGAUUGUUUUGUUUUGUACAAAAAAUAAAAAGUAUCAAACUUUA